AUGGCGCCAGAUAACCACGCAGCAGAGCAGACAAGACCUCUGCUGCCGAGCGAUACGGGCAGAGCCAACUAUGGAAUCGCGACAGACCGCCAGACGGACGAGACUCAGGAGGAGCCGGAGCACCAGGCGGAGAGGUGGAAUGAGCCUCGUAUCAAUGCUUGGAGGGUUCUUGCGACCUUUUACAGUUUCAUAGUCGUGGGUGCCAAUGAUGGCUCGUAUGGUGCUUUAAUUCCUUAUCUACAAAAAUACUACGAUGCCGACUACGCCGCCGUAUCCGUGGUUUUCCUCUCCUCGUUCAUCGGCUAUGCCACGGCGGCACUAUUCAACCACUCAAUCCACGUCCGAUUUGGCCAGCGCGGAGUCGCGAUCCUGGGAUGCGGUAUGCACAUUAUUGCCUACCUCGCAGUUACCCGCCAUCCACCGUACCCCAUCUUGAUCGCCAUCUUCAUCCUGGCCGGUCUCGGAAAUGGCGUCAUCGAUGCCUCGUGGAAUGCCUGGAUCGGCGCAAUGGCUGACAGCAGCAUGUUGAUGGGUCUUUUGCACGCGUUUUAUGGUGUGGGUGCGGCGUUGGCGCCAUUGAUUGCGACAACGCUGUUUACCAAAAGCGGAUGGCAGUGGUACGAGUUUUACUAUAUCAUGGCGCUGGCAGCAGCUGUCGAGUUUGUAACCUCCGUCGCGGCAUUCUGGAACGCCAAGGGAGAGAGCCAUGCCGAGGACACCGCUCCCGCAGACGAUGAACAACCCCAGCUGCAACAGCAAAAGAGUCCCACGGUCCAGGCUUUAACACUGCCAUCCACAUGGAUCAUCAGUGCUUACCUCUUCGUUUACGUCGGCAGCGAAGUCACAGUCGGAGGCUGGCUCAUCACCUUCCUCGUCGACCUCCGUCAGACAGCCCCAUUUGCCGCUGGAAUUGCCAACUUCGCCUACUGGGCCGGUAUAACCGGCGGACGUGUGGUUCUUGGCUUCCUAACACCAUACCUCAAGAAACAAAAGACCGCCGUAACGGUGUACCUCGUUGGCUGCAUCGCCGCACAACUCAUCUUCUACACAGUCGAUAACUACGUCGCGUCUGCCAUCGCAAUAACCUUCCUGGGAUUCUUCCUUGGUCCGCUCUUCCCUGAAGCUGUUAUUGCGCAGACCAAAAUCCUCCCGAAGCACCUGCAUGUCGCUGCGGUGGGAUUCGCGUGUGCGUUAGGCAGUGCGGGAGGCUGUACAUUUCCGUUUAUCACGGGCGCUAUUGCGAAAUCGCAGGGUAUUGGGGUUCUACAGCCGAUGGUGUUGGUGAUGCUUUGUGUUUGUUUGGGAUUGUGGUUGUCGUUGCCGACGAAGCCGCCGGGUGCUAGGAGGGUUGUGAGUGAGCCCGCUGUAUAA